AUGUCUAGAUUGAGAAGAUUUAAUAGGAAGAUCUUAAGCUUAAGUUCUGAAUACAUUCAUGAGGGUGAAUCCGGCCAAGAUGAUGUAUCCGUAUUACCACUAGAUACAGAGGAACAGGAAGAACUCAUUCAAAAGUUUGAAACUAAUGCUCACGUCACAAAUAAGUUGUACAUAAACAUUUUGAGCAUGUUGUAUUUGCUAUAUGGAGGACUGCUAAUGAUACUCGUAAGAACAGCGCAAGGGCAUUUUAAAUUAGCACUUCUUGCUGGCGCUAAUUCUUUGAUCUGUUCAUGCAUCACGCUUAGAUAUGACAUCAUAAACGACUAUCUUUUGUUCAAAAAAUUCAAGUUAAGAGUGAGCAACUUUUCUAUUAACAUAUUAAACAUUAUUUUACUCGUACUUAUGGCUUGGAUAAGUUUCAAUCAUGUGAUGGAAGACAAAAAAACGGUGCUCUGUUUGCAGGUUCCAAUGUUUUUAUUUUGGGUCGCUCUACUUGUGAAAAGAUGGGCUCGGAAUAUAGAAGAUGAAAUUGCAGACCUAAGACGUUUGAAAUACAAAUACAAAAAUGCCUAG